AUGUCUGCAACCAAAAGAAAUUGUUUAGAGGUUUUAUCUGAAUAUGGACCUUUUUAUAACAGUGGAAAGAUCUCAGUGACGAGUGAGCAUCUGGUUUGUACCUACAAAUCCCAGGUGAAUGUGGUAUGCCAAAGGACUGGCAAAAUCCUGUGGACAAUCCCUCUCAAACUUGUUGUGGCAGACAAAAGUCUUCAUUUGCAGUUGUUCAACCUGGAGACUAAGGAACUGAGUGGUCAAAGCUGGCGGUCUUUACACUUAAACCAUAUCCGGUGCAUGCAGUUUAAUGAGGCGGGGAACCUCCUCGCUACAGGAGGGACAGACUCCUCUAUAAAAGUCUGGGACACAGAUUACAGAUACUGCACUCAUAGUUUCAAGCGAAGUGCAGGUGUGAUUACCUCACUUCUAUUCCAGCCGUAUGGAAAGGCUGAUGUUCGCCUUUUCUCUGGUGCCGAGAGUGGUGAGGUCUGUUUGUUUGACCUACGCAAAAAGUCUGUGAUUCAAGCGUCAGAGCACCAUUCCAGUGCCGUGACUGACAUGGUUCUCUCUGAAGACAACAAAACUCUGAUCAGUGCUGGAAGAGAUAGCAUUGUCACUUUGUGGACAGCAGAAAACUUAGGAAUACAAAAAACUGUGGCUGUCUUUGAGCCGAUUGAAUCUUUAUUGUUGGUUACAAAAUAUUUUCCCAAUUCUACUGGUCAUUGUUUUAUCACUGCUGGAUCACAAGAACAUGAAAUGCCUGUCAUGAAAAUUGUGCUCAUCAACCAGGGCCGUCAAGUUCUCAGUGGGACAAGUGACGGCUUCUUGAAUAUUUGGGACUUACUCACGCAAACCCUACAGAGUCAUAUGGAAGAAAGUUUUUUUCUUUCUUUUCAAUUUUUAAUCCUUUGCCAUUUCUUUUCCUUUGAGGCCUUUUUUUUUAUCACCAUUUUUUCUUUAAAAAAAAAAGCAAACUUUUUUCUUGUUUUAUUUCUUUUCCAGAUUGAAAUUUCUUUCCAGUUCGUUUCGUAUCUUUCUUUCUUUUCUUUCUUUCUCCAACAGAAUUAUCUGCUUCUGAUUCGUUUCCUAUUCCUUUAA